GGGAAAACCCUAUUUCCCCUGCCUAACAAAACAGCUAAACCAAGGUCUGUGCUUCCAUUUCCGGCGGGAAAAUCACACAAACCAACCAAAACUCAGAGAGAGAAAAUGGCCGAAGAAGAAGAAACGGAGAUGACAGAGCAACAAUUGAAUGAAGAAUUCGCAGUAUGGAAGAAGAACACACCAAUCCUCUAUGAUCUCGUCCUUUGCCAUCCCCUCGAAUGGCCAUCUCUCACCGUUCAAUGGCUUCCAUCACAACCCUACAUCAAUCCUGAUUCAUCUCUUGCCGUCCAUCAACUCAUCCUCGGGACCCACACCUCCGACGACGAACCCAACUUCCUAAUGGUUGCCGAUGCCCACCUUCCCCCCAACAAUGGCCCCUGCUCCUCUACCCCCAAGGUGGAGAUUGUGAAGAAGUUUUUUGUUGAUGGUGAGGUGAACCGAGCUGAGUGUAUGCCACAAAAGCCGAAUCUUGUUGCUGCAAAGAUGACCAAUUUGGAGGUGUAUGUUUUCGAUGUGUCAAAGGAAGCCAGCUCGAAGGGGGCGGAAGUGUGUGAUCCUGAUUUGAGAUUGAGGGGUCAUGAGAAGGAAGGGUAUGGGCUCUCAUGGAGUCCCUUAAAGGAGGGUUAUUUGUUGAGUGGUUCUUAUGACUGUAAGAUAUGUUUGUGGGAUGCGUCCUCCAUGCCUCAAAGCAAAGUUCUUGACCCAAUGAGUGUUUUCAAGGCCCAUGAGAACAAAGUUGAGCAUGUUGCUUGGCAUAUAAAGAACGAAAACUUGUUUGGUUCAGUCAGUGAUGAUGCAAGGUUGAUGAUCUGGGAUCUGCGCUCUGAUAAACCCCAACAUUCUAUCAUAGCUCACGAAAAGGAGGUCAAUUAUCUAUCUUUCAACCCGUUUAAUGAAUGGAUCCUGGCGACAGCUUCUUCGGAUACCACCAUUGGACUGUUUGAUAUUCGGAAGCUGGACUCACCCUUGCAUUUCUUGUCUAGUCACACUGAAGAAGUUUUCCAGGUUGAAUGGGAUCCCAAUCAUGAGACUGUGUUGGCAUCAUCUUCUGAUGACAGAAGAUUAAUGGUUUGGGACCUUAACAGGGUUGGCGAGGAGCAGUUGGAAGGAGAAGCACAGGAUGGGCCUCCAGAACUCCUUUUCUCUCAUGGAGGACACAAAGCUAAGAUAUUAGACUUCUCUUGGAAUAAGAAUGAAGCUUGGAUGAUCUCGAGUGUGGCAGAUGACAACACGGUACAGAUCUGGCAAAUGGCUGAGAGUAUAUACCGUGACGAGGAUGAUAUGCCAGCUGAAUGACCUCCCUUUGGUUUUUUGUAAUGUCCCAGCUGAAUUACAACUCUUCUCAAUGGAUUUUAAUGUUUGUUUGGGAGUGCUUUUGAAUAGUCUUAUUCUGUUAUAUGAUAGUGAUGAUGUUCACUAAAAUUG